GGUAAAACGACGAAGGUCUUAUAUAUGAUGGGCGCCUAGCACGCGUCGCGACGCGCUUUUGACUACGCGCGUGACCUUGUUUACGCGGAAUCAACAAGCUUGCCCUGCACGUGGCAACGCGUCUGGUGAUCGCAUCGCACGAGAGCAUAAAUACUCAAGAUCUCCUUCUCUCGUCCAGUUCAUCUCUUUGCCCUCCUCCAUCACCACUCGCUCCUCAACCGUAUACACUUUUACCACCCAACCUUACUACUCGCAAUGGCACCUAAACCCGCUUCCACCGCCGGCAAGGCUCCCGCAUCUACUGCCUCUAAGGCUCCAGCUAAGACCACUGAGGGUGGUUCCAAAGCUGCGAAGAAGACUUCGAAGCCUGCCGCAACUGACAGCGAGGGAAAGAAGAAGAGGCGAAAGACUAGAAAGGAAACUUACUCUUCGUACAUUUACAAGGUACUCAAACAGGUUCACCCUGAUACUGGUAUCUCCAAUAAGGCGAUGGCUAUCCUCAACUCCUUUGUUAACGAUAUCUUCGAGCGAAUUGCCACUGAGGCUUCCAAACUUGCAUCGUACUCUAAGAAGUCAACAAUCUCAUCACGAGAGAUCCAAACUGCCGUUCGUCUUAUCCUGCCGGGUGAACUUGCCAAGCACGCAAUUUCAGAGGGCACAAAAUCCGUAACCAAAGUGAUUCUCGAGCGCAGGAGCAAAGUAGAUUUUUCCGUUGUUCUUUGGGACUUUCUGUGUUGUUGUAUUUUAGAGCCAUUCUGUACAGUUUCUAUUUAAUUCAUCUACUCUACUUGACUCUCACCAUUUCCCUGUGAGCCUGAUGUUAUCGGGCUUUUAUUCGAGUAAUUCCCUGAAGCGUGUUCCACUUUCAAUCGACACAGGAUCGGAACGAUCGCGCUUAAGUUCAACUGAUCGUUCAGUAGAUCUAUCGACAUGCAGUAUAUCUUUGCUUUUCGAUGUCGGUGUUUGCAUACCGGCCAGCUCCGGUGCUGCUAACGAUAUCCAUACAUGAACAGUGUGGGUCUACUCCGGCUCUCGAUGGUCAAACUUUCAGUCUUGGCACGCGUUCAACCUUCGUAUGAGA